UUCAGCCACUGUUUGCACUGCCCGGUUUAAGACGGAGACAGAGAAGAGCUAAAGUAUUGGGAUAUCACUGUGAGUUGAUCCCGACUCAGCAUGGCGCUGUACCGGACUGUACUUCUGUCUCUGUUGUGUUUAUUGGAGUGUGCAGUAAUUUCCGCUUUUAACCUGGAUACGGCCAAUGUGAUCAAGAAAACUGGAGAUCCCGAAAGCUUGUUCGGUUUCUCACUCGCCAUGCACCGACAACUCGUUCCUAACGACAAACGAAUGUUGCUGGUUGGCGCACCCAAAGCAAAGAAAUUGCCCAAUCAGUUGUCAGAGAGAACAGGGGGCUUGUAUAACUGUGAUAUCAACUCUACCAGCUCUGCCUGCCAAAGAGUGAACUUUGAUGAUAAUGAGGACCCCAAUACAGAAAGCAAAAAUAACCAGUGGAUGGGCGUCACUGUGCAGAGCCAGGGACCCGGUGGCAAGAUUGUGACGUGUGCCCACCGCUACCAGCGACAACACUUUCCCAAAACCCCGCAGGAGUCACGGGACCUCAUGGGACGCUGUUAUGUGCUCAGUCAAGGGCUGAGCAUUGACGAGAGCACAGGUGAAGAGGGAGGAGACUGGACCUUCUGUGAGGGUCGUCUCCGAGGUCACGAGCGUUUUGGUGUCUGCCAACAGGGUCUCUCUGUCACUUUUACCAAGGAUUACCACUACCUGGUGUUUGGUGCACCCGGUGCCUUCAACUGGAAAGGUGUUGUACGCUUGGAGCAGAGGAACAGCACGUUGCUUGAUCAGGGUAUUUAUGACGAUGGGCCAUAUGACGUCAUGUACAGCACCGCUGAGGAAUUAGACCAGGUGGCCGUCCCUGCCAACAGCUAUUUAGGAUUUUCUAUUGACUCUGGUAAGAUGCUAACGAAGAGGGGUGAGCUGAUCGUGGUUGCUGGAGCUCCUAGAGCCAAUCACAGUGGGGCGGUGGUCAUGCUGAAGAAACAGCCAGACACAACCCCACAGCAGAUGGUCACAGAGUACAUCAUCGAAGGGGAAGGAUUAGCCUCAUCAUUUGGCUACGACCUGGCAGUGGUCGAUGUAAAUGCUGAUGGUUGGCAGGAUCUUCUAGUUGGAGCACCUCAGUUCUUUGAGAAGAAUGGCGACACCGGCGGUGCUGUCUACGUCUACAUUAAUAAGAAUGGAAAUUGGGACAAUGCUGUCCGAACCCGAAUACUUGGAGCCAAAAACUCUAUGUUUGGGCUGGCUAUAGAGAACCUUGGUGACCUCAACCUGGAUAGUUUUAAUGAUGUGGCAGUAGGGGCACCGUUUGAUGAUGAAGGCGCAGGGAGCGUUUACAUCUAUCAUGGUUCGUCCAGAGGACUCCAAACUGACCCCACACAGGUGCUUAAAGGAAAAAACCACAACAUUAAGAUGUUUGGGUACUCCAUAGCUGGUAACAUGGAUUUAGAUAUGAAUCAGUAUCCCGAUGUGGCUGUUGGAUCUCUCUCGGAUACUGUAGUCGUGUAUAGGGCCAGGCCAGUGGUAAAUAUAGAAAAGACGGUCACCACUGAACCCAAGGAUUUAGACCUGACCAAGAAGAAUUGUGAUGAGAGCAUAUGCCUUCGGGUGAAGACUUGUUUGAAAUUUACUGCAAACUCCAAAAACUUCAGCACCACCAUCAAUGUGAAAUACACCAUCAAAGUGGAGACAAAGAGGAAGAACCAAGGACUUCCAGCUCGCGUUGUUUUCUUCCCACGUGCCCCCACUGACACUGACUACGAGAGUACAGGAGUGGUAGAGCUUAAAAAGCCAAACGUAGAAGUCUGCGUCCCAAAAACACUCAAACUGCAGGACAACUUGAAGGACAAGUUAAGAGGAAUCCCCGUAGAGGUGAAUGUGGAGAUACGGAAGGACAAACGCAGAAAGAGACAAACCUCCCCCACCACACUCAGCCCUAUUCUUGCUGCCAGCCAGCCGGCCCUCGCCGAGGUGAAUUUUGUGAAGGAGGGCUGUGGAAGCGACUUUAUAUGCAAAAGUAACUUGAAGUUAGAUUACAAGUUCUGCUCUCGAGAGCCCAAUCAGGACGUCUUCAACCCACUGCCUGUUCAAGAUGGUCUUCCAGUCAUUUCUCUCAGCGACCAGAAGGACAUCGCGCUCGAGGUGACAGUGUCCAACCAGAAUGGAGACGAUGCGUAUGAAGCAGCUCUGACCGGAUUGUUCCCCGAUUCCCUCUCUUACGCUGCCUCUCGCACCAAGACGGCUGAUAAGCAGGUCAUCUGCGUGGCCAAUCAGAACGGUUCACAGGCAGACUGCGAGCUGGGGAAUCCAUUUAAAAGAGAUUCAGAGGUCGUAUUUUACAUUAUUUUGAGCACUGGUGGGAUUUCUUUGGAAACCACUGAAGUUGAAGUUACACUCACACUCCAAACGACAAGCGAGCAAGCAAAGCUUAAAGUGACAAAGAGGGCUAAAGUCAUAGUUGAGCUGUUGCUGUCACUGUCUGGGUUGGCUAAGCCAGCUCAGCUGGAAUUCAGCGGAGAAGUGAAAGGAGAGAGUGCUAUCAAAUCAGAGAGUGAGAUUGGCAGCCAGAUUGACUAUGAAUUCAGGGUGAUAAACUUGGGAAAGCCGCUGAAGUCAUUUGGCACGGCUUUUUUAAACAUUCAGUGGCCAAAGAACACAGCAUCACAGAAGUGGCUGCUAUACUUGACAAAGAUCACCACCACCGGUGUGGACAAUAUUGGCUGCAACAGACCUGAAGAGGUCAAUCCACGCCAGUACCAACUCGAGUCGUCAUCGGCCAGACCCAAGCGCGAUGUUAAUGAUGAACAAAAUCCCUCGGGGAGUGGAGGAAUAUUAUCCCGCUUUCUGGACAGCAGAAAAUCAACAGUCUUGUCGUGUGAUGAUGGAGCUUCGUGCAUAACGUUUAAGUGUCCUCUUCAAGGGUUAGACAGUAAUGCUGUCAUUGCACUCAGAGCUCGUUUGUGGAACGGCACCUUUCUUGAGGAUUUUAACCAAAUGAAUUACGUUGACAUCCUGGUGAAAGCAUCGCUCAGUCUGGACGCUACCGCUAAAAAUGUAGUGCUGCCAAAUAAAGACGCACAGGUACGAGUGACCGUGUUUCCAGUACGCAAGGCAGCACAGAUUGGAGGUUUAGCUUGGUGGAUCAUACUGGUAGCAAUAUUACUGGGGCUGCUGCUGCUGGCAUUACUUGCAUUCCUGCUCUGGAAGUGUGGUUUCUUCGGCAAAAGCGACCCCAAAAAUGAACCUGAGAAAGAGAGACUGACUGCAGAUGCAUAGAGGGAGAGACAGAAUCUCUCUGGUGUGGAUUUUUCAAACGUUCCAAAUAUGAUGACCAAGUUCCAAGUUACAAUGCUGUGCGGAUAAAAAGAGAAGAGCGAGCACAUCCACCCGGAAAACAGCCGACCUCUGGGGAGAAGAAACAGUGGAUGACCAACUGGAACACAAAUGAGAGCUACUCAUAGCCCUAAGCUACAACUUUUGCUAGUGCACAUUAGCAAAUUGCUUUCAACCAGCAAACCAAAGACAUCUUUUUUACUUCAAGACGUUAAGCCUUCAAGUUGAACUUCUGAUUGUAAAUAUUACAAUGUUACAAAAACAUUUUUCAGAUAACACAUAAUUAGCUGCAGUGUGAGAUGUAUUCCCCCUUUAAUUAAAAAUAUAAAAAUGCACUGAUAUGUCAGUAUAUUUAAAUUUUUUAAAUACCUAGUAGUUCUUCAAUGAAGCAUUACUUAAUGUUUGGAUGCAAAGGCAGAAUAAACUACGAUUAAUGUAACACUAAAACACUAAUUGCGUCAAGCUUGUUUCAGUAAGUGUUUCACUAAUAGAAAUGUCAGAUGAUUGUAAUUUUUAAGUUUGGCAUAUUGGUUUUGUUACAUGGUACUCAAACACUUUUUUGUAAUAUAUACAAUAUAUACAAACAUACAAUAAUAAGCAUAAAGAUGCUUAAAUGUUAAAAAAUUAUUGAGGUGAAAAAUAUAAAUUUUACUACAAGUAUACGGUUAAAAACUAAAUAUUAAAAGCUACAUAUUAAUAAUCAAAUUAAUAAAUAAUAUAAUAAAUAAAUAAUAACUGUACCUGGAUAAAUGAUAAAAGGUGCUCAUAUGGGUCAGGGAGAUUUGACACAAUGUGCAGUGAACAUGGUAAAAAAAAAAUAUUUUUUACUAAAUACAAAUAGGUUUUUUUUUUUUCUCCAAACAUAAUAAUAUAUAAUGUAUAAAGUUAUUAUAUAAUACAUAGUAUAUAAAGUUUAUAACAUAUAAUUUAUUUGGCUAUAUGCACUGGAAGUAAAUUAAAUAAAAAACAAAAGUGUUUGAAUACUCAUAGAACGUCAUCCUAUUUACCCCUUCAGAUACUGUUAGCAUGCAUACUUCACACACCUACGGGCCACUCGGGUCAAAUCAUGUCCAUGUUAGAGCUGAACAGUGGGGAUCUAUUUAACUGCCUCUAUUUCAGAACUUUCUCUGAUCCUACAGUAGCUAAAUCUAGAACUGCUCGCUUAAAAAAAAAAAAAAGCACUACCAUUUCCUGAAUGCAUGUUCACGCUUAGAAAUAAGAAUAAAUGCAUUCUAGCAAGAACACCGGGGUGAUAAUGUUUCUAUUAUGAUUAUGAUUGACAAAAUAGGAACUUAUCAAUUAUCCAACUUUGGUUUUUAGUUCAGUUGUGUUUGCCAAUUAGUAGAGAUUUGACUUUAUUAUUUACACAGCAUUAUAGAUGGCAUAGUAAUGCUGCUUCUGUCUCAAAUUCGAACUGUAAUUGUUAAUUAAAAGUUCAUGAAGUAUUGCAAUCACUGUUAAGUCCACAAGUUCUCAUCAUGGAUCACUAAACACAGUCCAGUACUAUUGUGUACAAUAUCUAGCUUUGUAAAAAACAUACAGACAGUAAGUGUUUUAAUAAAGCUGGCUUGUAUUGUAGUAUAGCAUAUAGGUUUAAUAAAAAAUCAUAUUAUAUGAUUUCUGGUAACUGUUCAGUUCUAGUCUAGAAACAAUCUAUGGGAAAUGUUUGCUGUAUUUUACAGUUUCAUAAGCACAUAGAAGUGUAGAAGUGUAUUUACUUAAUAACAGUUUUGAAAUGUCUAUUUAUUCUUGUUGUAUUUUUUUUGUUACAAGCAGGCCAAAGUUCCUUUAUGCUUCUUAAUGACUCUUAAGCGUCUCAAUGCAAGAAUUCUUUUUUGACUUUUCAAAAACUUUUUUGUAUUAUUUGGAUGAAUGUAAAUAUAUGUCUUAACUCUACAUGAUUGUUUUGUGAGAUAGGGCUUUUGUUAUUUUUAUUAUUAAUUGUAAUAAUGGGUACCGAUUGCAGUUUCUCAUUACAUUUUACACUGGUCAUAAUUUCUGGGUUCUACUGUAAAAUAACAAGAAUUUAUUAAUGCAUUCAAACACCACUUUAUAAUGAACAGCCUUGCAUAUAACUUGGUUAAGUGUUUUUGUUACAUGACUGACUAUAUUGGGGGGUUUAGCCAUAUUAAACCACAACUGACUGCUGAGAAAAUAUUGUUACAAGAUGUAAUGUGAGGUUAUUAUUAUAAAAAAAAAAAAAACUGCUGAUGGAUGAAUUUAAUCUUACAUUUCAGUUGAAAUAAUUCCUAUUUUUGUGUCAUUUAGCCAACAAACAAAA